UUUGUGUGUAUGUGGUUUUGGUAGUUCUGGAGCCAGCCUCAAAGUUCACUUGAUGAACUGCAGUUUUUCACACUUUUGCUUUGGCUUCAAUUCCCACGGCCGGCGGUUGCCGCUGGUAACAAACAUGAUAAUAGAUAUAGGAGCGGAUUAGACUCUAAACAUGUCUUUGUGAUGUCACUGUUGAGAUCAAAGGAUUUAGGAGUGUGAUGUCAUAGUGAGGUGAGAGCUGUGCAGCUAUAUACUGUAUAUAGGAAGGUGCCCGAUCAGAGCAGCUUGCUUUGCAGAGAGGAGAGAGAGAUUUGUGGUACACACCCUUUGGUCGUGAAUUCAAACACUUUGGAAUCUUUGAAAACUGUUCACAUCUGACAUGGCUCAAAUGGAAUCUACAGUUCAGGUAGGUGAAACCCUACACAGCAGCUCGUCUGCCUACACCGUCCUGGAGUUUAUCGGUGAAGGCUCCUUUGGAAAAGUGGCCAAGUGCCUGAAUGUCAACACUCAAGACACAGUGGCUAUCAAAAUACUCACGAAGGACUCUACUGAAGCCGAGGACGCAGAGAGAGAGAUCGCCAUGUUAGAGCUCAUCUCUGUACGAGAUCCAGACCAAAUUAACGUGGUGAAGUUCUUGGAGAAGUUUGAACAUGCGGGACAGACCUGUCUGGUGUUUGAGAUGCUUUACACAGAUUUCUAUGAAAUUAUCCGCGAAUGCGGGCCUAUGCCUCUAACCUCGAUCCGGCCGGUAGCUCAGCAGCUGUUGGUCGCCCUGGAUUCCCUGAAGGGUCUAGGUAUCCUGCACACCGACAUUAAACCAGACAAUGUCAUGCUGGUCAGCCAAGACCUGCCCAUCAGAGUGAAGCUGAUUGAUUUUGGUUUAGCCACUCCCGUCUCCAGCAUAGAGCUUGGUGAAUUAUGUCAGCCAAUUGGAUGCAGAGCUCCCGAAGUUUCCCUCGGCCUGCCCUACAAUGAGGCUAUCGAUAUGUGGGGUCUGGGCUGUCUUCUGGGCUUUUUCUACCUGGCUGACAACCCUUUCCCCGACACUGACUAUCAGGUGAUGAAGGUUUUGAUUGAGGUUUUGGGCCAGCCGGAGGACUACCUUCUCAACGCUGGAGUAUACACACGCAACUUUUUCACAAAGAAGGAUGAAGAAACUGAUGGUCCAACAUGGAGGCUCCUGACGCCUGAGGAGUACGAAACGCUGACUGGCGAACAACUUCAGGAGAAAGAGAACCAAAUGAAGCUGCCCAGCUCUCUGGACGGUUUGGCUCAUAUCUACCCAGUGGACAAACCUGCAGAGCUUGAGGACACUUUAGCGUUUGUAGACCUUUUGAAAGGUCUGAUGCAUCUUGACGGAGCUUUGAGGAUCUCUCCCAGUCAAGCUCUGCAGCACCCCUUCAUCACCAUGUCCCACCUGUCCGAGUGCCCUGACAGCUCAGACUAUUUAAAAACUGCCAGAGAGAUGAUGGGAGCACCCACAAAUCCUGACCAGGAGUCAGCUGCUGGAGCUAAGGAAGAUGUCAGAGCCCCCUGUACAUGUGAUGGAGAAAUGGAAUCUACAGUUCAGGUAGGUGAACAAGGGAACUCCUCCAAUAAUGUCCCAGAGACUCAGUCCUGUAAUGGAGCUCAAGCCGAGAACUCCACCAGAGAAAUGAAAUCUACAGUUCAGGUAGGUGAACAAGAGGGCUCCUACAAUAAUGUCCCAGAGACUCAGUCCUGUAAUGGAGCUCAAGCCGAGAACUCCACCAGAGAAAUGAAAUCUACAGUUCAGCUAGGUGAACAAAAGGACACCUACAAUAAUGUCCCAGAGACUCAGUCUUGUAAUGGAGCUCAAGCCGAGAACUCCACCAGAGAAAGGAAAUCUACAGUUCAGGUAGGUGAACAAGAGGGCUCCUACAAUAAUGUCCCAGAGACUCAGUCCUGUAAUGGAGCUCAAGCCGAGAACUCCACCAGAGAAAUGAAAUCUACAGUUCAGGUAGGUGAACAAGAGGACUCCUACAAUAAUGUCCCAGAGACUCAGUCCUGUAAUGGAGCUCAAGCCGAGAACUCCACCAGAGAAAUGAAAUCUACAGUUCAGGUAGGUGAACAAAAGGACUCCUACAAUAAUGUCCCAGAGACUCAGUCCUGUAAUGGAGCUCAAGCGGAGAACUCCACCAGAGAAAUGAAAUCUACAGUUCAGGUAGGUGAACAAAAGGACACCUACAAUAAUGUCCCAGAGACUCAGUCCUGUAACGGAGCUCGAGCCGAGGACUCCCCUAGAGAAAUGGAAUCUACAGUUCAGGUAGGUGAACAAGAGGACUCCUAUAAUAAUGUCCCAGAGACUCAGUCCUGUAACGGAGCUCAAGCCGAGGACUCCCCUAGAGAAAUGGAAUCUUCAGUUCAGGUAGGUGAACAAGAGGACUCCUACGCUAAUGUCCCAGAGACUCAGUCCUGUCACGGAGCUCAAGCCGAGGACUCCCCUAGAGAAAUGGAAUCUACAGUUCAGGUAGGUGAAACCCUACACAGCAGCUUGUCUGCCUACACCAUCCUGGAGUUUAUCGGUGAAGGCUACUUUGGAAAAGUGGCCAAGUGCCUGAAUGUCAACACUCAAGACACAGUGGCUAUCAAAAUACUCAAGAAGGACUCUACUGAAGCCGAGGACGCAGAGAGAGAGAUCGCCAUGUUAGAUCUCAUCUCUGUACGAGAUCCAGACCACAUUAACGUGGUGAAGUUCUUGGAGAAGUUUGAACAUGCGGGACAGAACUGUCUGGUGUUUGAGAUGCUUUAUAAAGAUCUGUUUGAAAUGGUCUGCCAAUGCGGGCCAAUGCCUCUGAACAAGAUCCGGCCGGUGGCUCAGCAGCUGUUGGUCGCCCUGGAUGCCCUGAAGGGUCUAGGUAUCCUGCACACUGACAUUAAACCAGACAAUGUCAUGAUGGCCAGCCAAGACCUGCCCAUCAGGGUGAAGCUGAUUGAUUUUGGUGAAGCCACUCCCGUCUCCAGCAUAGAGCUUGGUGAAUUAUGUCAGCCAAUUGGAUGCAGAGCUCCCGAAGUUUCCCUCGGCCUGCCCUACAAUGAGGCUAUCGAUAUGUGGGGUCUGGGCUGUCUUCUGGGCUUUUUCUACCUGGCUGACAACCCUUUCCCCAACACUGACUAUGAGAUGAUGAAGGCUUUGAUUGAGGUUUUGGGCCAGCCGGAGGACUACAUGCUCAACGCUGGAGUAUACACACGCAACUUUUUCACAAAGAAGGAUGAAGAAACUGAUGGUUCAACAUGGAGGCUCCUGACGCCUGAGGAGUACGAAACGCUGACUGGCGAACAACUUCAGGAGGAUGAAAACCAAAUGAAGCUGCCCAGCUCUCUGGACGGUCUGGCUCAUAUCUACCCAGUGGACAAACCUGCAGAGUUUGAGGACAGGUUAGCGUUUGUAGACCUUUUGAAAGGUCUGAUGCAUCUUGACGGAGCUUUGAGGAUCUCUCCCAGUCAAGCUCUGCAGCACCCCUUCAUCACCAUGUCCCACCUGUCCGAGCACCCUGACAGCUCAGACUAUUUAACAACUGCCAGAAAAAUGAUGGGAGCACCCCAAAAUCCUGACCAGGAGUCAGCUGCUGGAGCUAAGGAAGAUGUCAGAGCCCCCUGCACAUGUGAUGGAGAAAUGGAAUCUACAGUUCAGGUAGGUGAACAAGGGAACUCCUACAAUAAUGUCCCAGAAGAAGAAGGCGACCCGUUUACUGUUGGAGCUGAUCAAGCAGAAUCCGCCCCUCCUCCCUCGACCUCCUCCAGCCGCUUCAACAGAGCGAUGAAGAGGAUCCGCAGGUUCUUCAAGAGAGUCAAGACGACCUUCUGUUGUUGCUGUCCAGUGGAGGAUGACUAAAUGUGUGCCAUUUCCCCAACAUUAUUCUGCAGUGUACAAACUAACUAAAAAAUAAAGCAAAUAAAUAAU